AUGUCCAAGAGGAGCCGCUCAAACACACCACCAGAGGCGCGACAAGCCUCAAAUCGUCCGCCCAUGAAGAGAUUACAGGAGGCUUCCCCAGUAAUUUCUACCAGCAGCGCCAACGCACCUAACGACAAGUCUAGUUCUGCGCCUAUAAGCAAGUCAACCUCUGACCACGGUAAAAAGGACGCAUCUGAUAGCAAGUCCGAAGCCACGCUUCGCAUUGAGUCAUUUUCUGAGAACCUCAAAGCCGCAUCUGAAGACGGAUCAAUAGCUGCGCUUGCGACUAGACCAGCCUCUGAGGACUGCAAAGCCGCAUCGGGAGAUAAGUCUUUCACUGCAGCUACUACCGAGCCCACCUCUGAGAGCACGCCAAAGGGAUCCGGGACUAUCCCCUAUGCCACAUCUACACAACACCUGUCCACGCCUGAGGAUGUCUUGAGUGACCACUGGUCUUGGGUGACGAGUAUGACACGAAAGUCAAGCCGUCCGCAAUCGCUGUACGAUGACGUCAAGGACAUUAACAUUAAAACUUCUGAACUUGGAGACGUUGAGAGAAUUGCAUUUCAGGAGAUGCUAGUAGAUCUUAGAAGUGGCAAUGAUCUCGGUUCGGAUCAUGUGCGCCGUCUCACCAUCCUGAGCUUUUCUCAGGAACCUCUUUACCAGUACCGAAUGCUGUUAGGAGGCUGCAGGUUCCUUCAAGAUCUAACCGUUGGCUUUUGCGAGGAAGAGAUGCAGGAUUUCAUAGCCCGAGAAAGUCCCAGCGACUUUGCGUCCGGGUCCGGUCUAGAGUCUUUGUGUCAAACCGCCUUACAGAAACUAACCAUCUUCAAAGCACCAGAUGCCAACAUAGACAGUAUGCCUCGGAAUAGAUCAACUGCGAAAACCCCAAAGGCAAAGGUUGCAAGAAAAGCGAAGCCCGCAGAUGGCCCAGAAACAGAUGCAUGGGUCGAGCGUCUCGUUGCUCACCUCCACAACGUGGCAAGCAGCAACGGCAACAGUGAGCUACGCAUUAUUGCGGAUGCUUUCUCGUCCAGCGAUGCGGCUUAG